UCCGGUGCAUGUGACAUCUACUUCAAGCAGCUGAUUAUCCAAACAAGUCAUGGCGGAGAAAGGAGCAGAAGCAUCCGCUAAACCUUCACUAACAGCGGCAGAGAAACAACUCCUCCGCCGCCGACAGGAGCUCGACUACUGGCAGAGAAAUGCAGCGCGCCUGCGCAGCAGAAACCUGCUGACCGGCCUGGCGAUCGGAGCGUUUGUGGUCGGCAUGUUUAGCUACACCAUCCUGUCCGUCAAACAGGAGAGAAUCAUGGAGGAGCUGGAUGAUGAAGCCAAGAUCCACAUCAUCAGAGGGCCGCGGACCGGCGCCAACUCCUGAUGAUACUGACCAUGAACUGUCCUGGACUUACUGUUCCUGGCCCCUCACCACAGUGUGACCUCCAUAGACUGUAUGGUGACAUCACACUGAGCGGCAUGUGAUGAGUCAUGUCUGGUGAGCUUCUCAUACUGAAGACCGUUACAUAUCACCUGCUACUCCAUUUCAUAUAAGGACAUUACAGAUUGUUUCUUUUCUGUUUGGAAAUACAUAAAAUCUAUUGUUGAAAUUAUGAAACUAUUUUCUGCAUUAAUGUAAACUUACUUUGAAUCAAGUGUACCCUUGACAUGUGGAAAAAACGGUAACGCUUCAUUUUACAUGUCCAUAAUUUCCGAGACAUUUCCUCAAAAGAAUGAUGUAAUUUUGAACUAAUUAUGAACAGUGUUCAGUUGGUAUACUUCCAAUUCAUUAACUGAAAUGGAAUGCUAGCAUAACCUUGAAAAAGUAAUUUAGUCAGUUCACAGCAGGUCAGCAGAACAUGUCAAAAUGUGAAACUUUUCUACAGGCAAGAAUACAAUUCUGUAUACAUAGAGAAUAAAGUUUCCAAUAAUAAAUGAAUAAUGAAUGAAUAUUUA